GGCGGGGGCGGUGGAGGGGGAAGAGUGUGUGUCUGUGCCGGAGAAAGAGGAGAAUCGCCCGAGAGGUCUCGAAAGCCCCAGGGAGUGAAGGCCCCAGCCUGGAGCCCUGCAGUGUAUGUGUGGUAACACCAUGUCUGUGCCCCUGCUCACCGAUGCUGCCACUGUGUCUGGAGCUGAGCGGGAAACGGCUGCGGUUAUUUUUUUACAUGGACUUGGAGACACAGGGCACAGUUGGGCUGACGCCCUCUCCACCAUCCGGCUCCCUCACGUCAAGUACAUCUGUCCCCAUGCGCCCCGGAUCCCCGUGACACUCAACAUGAAGAUGGUGAUGCCCUCCUGGUUCGACCUGAUGGGGCUGAGUCCAGAUGCCCCUGAGGACGAGGCUGGCAUCAAGAAGGCCGCAGAGAAUAUAAAGGCCUUGAUUGAGCAUGAAAUGAAGAAUGGGAUCCCUGCCAAUCGGAUCGUCCUGGGAGGCUUUUCACAGGGUGGGGCCCUGUCCCUCUACACUGCCCUCACCUGCCCCCACCCUCUGGCUGGCAUUGUGGCACUGAGCUGUUGGCUGCCUCUGCACCGGGCCUUCCCCCAGGCAGCCAACGGCAGUGCCAAGGACCUGGCCAUCCUUCAGUGCCAUGGGGAGCUGGACCCCAUGGUUCCCGUACGGUUUGGGGCCCUGACGGCCGAGAAGCUCCGGUCCGUUGUCACACCUGCAAGGGUCCAGUUCAAGACUUACCCAGGUGUCAUGCACGGCUCCUGUCCUCAGGAGAUGGCAGCUGUGAAGGAGUUUCUUGAGAAGCUUCUGCCUCCUGUCUAACCAGAGUUGCUGGCCCCCAGCGCAGUCCCCCAGCUCAUAGGGGACCUAGCACGCGUGGCACCAUCUUGGAUCUGAGCCGGUCGAGCCGCUGUCCCCACCCUCCCUAACCUAUAUCCCCUUCCCACAGGCCUCUGGGGCAGGCGGGCCAAGGCCUAGCCAGGCCCUGCUUCCUGGCUUUAGCCACCUGGCUGCCUGCAGCAGGGGCUGGGCUGCUUUCUUCUCCCACUUCCCUGGAGGUGGGCCCCCAGCAGCAGCAUUGGAGGGGCUGUAGGCAGCGGGAGAAGGGGCCCAGCCGCUGACCCACUCACUCAGGACCUCACUCACUAGCCCCGCUUUGGGCCCCCUCCUGUGACCUCAGGGUUUGGCCCAAGGGGCCCUCCCAGGCCCCAUCUACCCCCUCCCAACUGAUUCUGCCCAAGAUAAUCGUGUGUCUCUCCUGCCUCCACUCCAGCUGCUUCUCAAUCAUGAAUGUGUCUGUGACCCCAGGCCCCCUUGCUGCUGUGGGCUACCUGCUCCUGGGCAGAGUGUUGGUGAGGGGGCAGAGUCCUUGGAGGGGGCCUUCCUUCAGCCCUUUCUGACUUGGGGGCUGGGCCCUGUCUCCCUGUUACCUUCCCCACAGGCCUGGAGCCUGCAGGGCUGGACCGAGGCUCAAGGUCUCCCCCAGCUGUGUCACCCCCACGUUGUCCCCACUCUAGGGCUAGGGGAGGUGGGGGAGGAGUUGCGUCUCAUCUUCUGUCUCCAUGUGGUUUCGGGUGUUUUCUUGUUGUGUUCUGGAUUCCAAUAAAAUUAAAGAAAUUGCUUCAA